UUUUUGUUCACGUGCGGUACCGGAAACAGUACUUACUUCAAAGUAAAGGGAAAAAUGAAAUUUCAUACAAAUUUGUGAAAAAAGAAUGGAUAUGGACACAGCAGGAUCAUUGGUCUUGGAUGUCCUUACGAAAGCAUGCAGCCAGGAUCCAAAUGUUCUAACCCCUGCAGAGCACCAGCUGAUGCAAUGGCAAACACAGCCAGGAUUUUAUACAGUACUCUCGAGCAUUUUCUGUAAUCAUGAGAUAGCAGUAAAUGUGAGAUGGUUAGCAGUAAUGUACAUCAAGAAUGGAGUGGACAGAUACUGGAGGAGAACUGCACCAAAUGCAAUGAAAGAAGAAGAAAAAGAGAUAAUACGACAAAGGCUUCUGGUGAACUUCAAUGAGCCAUCGGCACAGAUAUGUACACAGAUGGCAGUUUUGGUUGCAAAGAUAGCUAGAUUAGACUGUCCACGAUUUUGGCCUACGUUGUUACCAACCUUACUCCAGACUGUGCGCUGUGAUAAUUUACUCCUGCAAGAACGCUCACUGCUUAUACUGCAUCAUGUAGUGAAAACACUAGCAUCUAAACGACUUGUAUCUGAUCGGAAGCUAUUUGAAGAUUUAACCAAUGAAAUAUUUGGCUAUAUAUAUGGCUUAUGGACAGAUCAGUUGGCAGAAUUUCUUCAGUUAGCGUCGAUGCACAGUGAGGAGAUGAACACCAUCAUUGACAGAACUACCUUGUCUUUGAGAAUUUUACGACGGUUGGUUGUGUUUGGUUUUCGAGACCCUGCUAGUAACCAGGAAGCCAUGAGCUUUCUGAAUGAUGUAUUUGUAAAACUAGAUUCUAUGCUGGAAUGCCGGCAAAGUUUAUGGGGUGAUCACAGAAUGCUUGAAAAAUGUGAAAAGAUGAUCAACAUCUUGACCAAAGUCUUACUGGACUCUCUGGAACACCACCCAGUCUGCUAUAUGCAGUUUAUACAGAGAACACUGCAGUUUGUUGUCAGAUAUAACUUCUCACAAGCAGGAUUGUUGUACGAGAGAUUUACUGUGAAUAGUUUCAACCUGAUGAAAAACAUACUGUUAUGUGAUACCUACAGACCUGGCAAACAUGAAAUAGAAUCGGACAGUAUCAAGGUGCAAGCCCAUAAGAUAAAAGGAGCUUUCUUCACAUUUGAUAUGUUGACCGAGGUUUGUCAUCGACUGAUUUCCCAGUAUUUCCUUCUCAAUCACGAAGACUUGUCUACCUGGGAUACUGAUCCUGAGGAAUUCUGUCAAGAGGAGGCAGGAGAUACCUAUAAAUAUGCUUUGAGGCCAUGUACAGAAACAUUGUUUUUAAGCCUGUUUAAAGAGUAUCGGUUAUCUCUGAGUUCAGUGUUGAUAAAGAUGGUACGUGAAACACAAGGACCAUGUGAUGUGGAGAAUAUGUUGCCAAUACUGAGAAAAGAUGCAGUGUACAAUGCAGUGGGACUGGCAGCAUUUGAUCUGUUUGAUGAUAUAGAUUUUGAUCAAUGGUUCACAACACAUUUGCUGGAAGAGCUGAAAAUAUCACAUAUAAAUUAUAGAAUAAUACGACGAAGAGUGAUAUGGCUUUGUGGUCAGUGGGUGGGUGUAAAAUUGUCUUCCUCUUUACGUCCAGCUCUAUACCAGGCCAUCUGUCCCCUGCUUCAACACACAGAGGAUCUGGUUGUUAGACUGGAGGCAGCAAACACUCUAAAACUUGCUGUAGAUGAUUUUGAAUUCAAAGUUGACCAGUUUCUCCCUUUUUUGGAAGUGGUAUUUUCUCUGUUAUUCCAACUGUUGAAGGAAGUGAAAGAGUGUGAUACUAAGAUGCAAGUGUUACAUGUGAUAUCAUUUGUGGUGGAGCGUGUGGGAGUACAGAUCCGACCACAUGCCACAUCCCUAGUGUCAUACCUACCCUCAUUAUGGGAGGAGUCGAAGGAUCAUAACAUGUUAAAAUGUGCAAUACUUACAACACUGAUACAUCUUGUACAGGGCUUCGGAACAUUAAGUUCUACAAUGUAUGAAUUCUUGCUUCCUGUGAUAGAGCUGAGCACUGACACUAAGCAACCUGAGCACGUGUACCUGAUGGAUGACGGUCUAGAACUCUGGCAUAUUACAUUGAGUAAUGCAGAGAAAGUUACUCCAGAACUUCUUAACUUGUAUAAAAAUAUGGCAGAUUUACUGGAAGGGAGCACAGAGAACUUGAGGCUAUGUUUGAAAGUAAUGGAAGAAUAUAUAUUGCUAGGUCCUAGAGUGUUUAUGGAGCGAUAUGCAAGAGAUCUGGUAAAGUCAUUGUCUUCACUCGUGACAGACUUACGAACAGAGGGAGUGAUUCUGGUGCUGAAAUUAAUAGAGCUUGUGUUCCGCUCGUUCCCAUCAGAAGGUCCGGAAGUCUUCUCUUCCAUGUUACCUGGAUUUCUCCAGUCUGUUCUCAAUUCAGAUGAACAUCCAAUGGUUAUGUCAAUUUAUGUGACAUUGUUUGCACGCAUCAUCUUACAAAACCAGGAGUAUUUCUGGACAUUUCUUGAGAAGAUUGCUGCAGAAUCUCAUACUCAAAGCUCUGGAUUAAUGAAGUCCUUUUUAGCAGCUUGGAUGGAAACAAUAGACAGUAUGACACAGCCAGAAAGAAGAAAAUUGUCAGCACUUGCUUUAGUUAGUCUGAUAACUGUAAAUAAUAGUGUGGUGCUAGAAAUGUUUGGUGGUAUUCUAUGUGUAUGUGUUCAAGUUUUACAUGAUGUGUGCAGAGUACCUGUCGAUGAAGAAACUGUGAUACAAUUUGAUGCCCUUGUGAUAUCUGAUGGAGAUGAGAGAGGGGAAGAGGAACAUGAAACAGAACAUGAGAAGAGGAAAAGAUCUUUAACCAAACAAGACCCAGUUCACACUAUACCACUGAAAGACUAUGUGUUCCAACAAUUGAGACAAUGUCAUAAUAUCCAUGGUGAUAAAGUGUUUGAUGAACUCACACAUCUGAUUGAUCCAGAUGUUUAUUUACAGCUGCAACAGUUUACAAAGACGUGAGGCUUCCACAGUUACAGUGACCGUGAUGGACCUGAUAGAACCAUGAUUACUUUGAUAGUAAUAAGAUAUGAUGUAACCAUGGUUACCAUGUUCAUAGUGAACCUACUAGAGCCAUGAUUGCUUUGAUAGUGAUAAAAAAUAAUGUUACCAUAAUCAUGAUAAACCUGAAAAAGUCGUGGUUGCUUUGAUAUUUCAAAAUAUUAUGUCACCAUGGUUACCAUAAUCAUGAUAAACCUGUUAAAGCCAUUGUUACUCUUGUACAAUGUAGUGAUAAAAUAUUAUGCCACCAUGGUUACCAUUAUCAUGAUAAACCUGAUAAAACCAUGGUUACUUUGAUUGUGAUAAAAUUUGAUGUUACCAUGUAUUUGAUCAUGAUAAAGCUGAUAGAGCCAAAGUUACUUUGAUACGGUAACUGAUAAAAUAUGAUGUCACUGUGGUUACCAUGAUCAUGGUAAAUCUAAUAAAACCAUGGUGUCUAUGAUAAUGACAAGAUAAGAUGAUGCAGUAGUUUCUAUAACAUCAUCCUAAUAAAUAUGAUGGAGCCUUGUUAGUGAUAAAAUAUGACAUUGGAUUUUAUGAUCAUUUUAGUAAAUGGAAAUGUUUCCAUUGUUACUGUGAUCAAUAUAAGAUGCAGUCAUGAUAACCACUUUUCUAAUACAAUGUGAUAUAUCAAGGUUUCCAUGUUCAUUAAAUUUGAUGUAGCUAUUGUAAACUUUAUUCUGAUACGGCAUUUUAUAUCGAGGUUACCAUGGCUCCAUUUGAUUUGAUGUAGCCAUGGUAACUUUUAAUUCUAAUUUGACAUGUUAUGUCAAGGUUACCAUUGUCAGAAGAUUUGAUAAGUUAUGGUAUCUUUUCUUCUGAUAUGUUAAGGUUACUAUGCUCAUAAGAUUUGAUGUUUCUCUGGAAACCAUUAGUAUAACAAGACUUCACAGGUUCUAAGAUUGUAUUAAGAUUUUAUGUUGCAUUGGUCUUGAUAUGCCUUGCUAUGAUUACCUUGCACUAAAUAAGAAAAAUGUUUACACAGCUUUUUCUACCAAUCACAUCCAACAAAUUGUCUAAUGUUAAUGAAGAGUGUACAAAUUGUAAUAUAUGAGCCGUGCCAUGAGAAAACCAACAUAGUGGGUUUGCGACCAGCAUGGAUCCAGACUAGCCUGCGCAUCCGCACAGUCUGGUCAGGAUCCAUGCUGUUUGCUUUCAAAGUCUAUAGCAAUUUGAGAAACCUUUAGCGAACAGCAUGGAUCCUGACCAGACUGCACGGAUACGCAGGCUGGUCUGGAACCAUGCUGGUCGCAAAGCCACUAUGUUGGUUUGCUCAUGGCAUGGCUCAUAUCUGCGACUUUCCUAUCUUUCUGAAGUUACGAUGUUAAAACGUGACAUCCUAAAUAGUUUAAAAAAAAUUACUUAAAAUCAGUUUGAAAUGGUCAAAUAUAUAUCUCAGAUAUAAGCACAAAGACCUAUACAAUUUAUUUGACCCCAUUAUAUGCCAUGUGUUUAUUAAGGACUUUUAGAGUUAUGUUGUAGAAAAAUUUCUCUUAGUGAAAAUGUUAUCAAAAUUGAGAUUUUCCAUUAUGAAAAGUUGUGUGAGGUCAAAUUAAUCAAAUCUGUAUAGAAAAAAAUCAAGCACACAACCCAAUCUUUUUAUUUACGGAAUUUUCUCAGUGUAUUCUGAAGUUUUGAAAAAUCAAGGUUUAAUCAAAUUCUACAUUGUAGAAAAAAUUUUGAUCCAGACUUGCAAAACUACCGUGUUGGUUCCUUAAUAAUAAAGAGUUUACUUCAGUUUCUCUCAUGUCUUACAUCCAUUUAGCUGAUGCCAAAGUCUGUACAAUUAUAUAUAGAUUUGACUUAAUUAUUGUUACUGUAUCUAUUAAAUGGAUAUUUUCUUCAUGCUAAUGUGGUUAUGAAUGUUUAUAAUGUAAAUAGAAACCAUUUACCAGAGGACAUAUAUCACACAAGCAAAUACCCUUUUUCAAUCUUCAUCUUGUGCAUCAAACUGGCAAUAUAUAAGCAUGUUCAGAUAUUUUAUAAUUUUGCUGAAAUGUUAUGAUAAUUUUUUGUGUGUAAAUUUUGCAUUAAGUUGUUGCCAAUGUUUGCUAUCAGGUUCAUGGGUGAAAGUUACUGGAAAAAUAGGAAAACGUGCGACCUGAGUAGGGUCAUGUAGUAGUAGGCCAAAGCCAUGAUAGGAGGUCCCGUUCUGUACCGGUAUAUGUUGUUUUUUUGUCAUUGGAAUGCUGUUUGUUUUGCAUUUUCCUCCAAGAAUUUAACGCUGAUCAUGUUUUCAGCAGGUCUAGUUUCUUCAACCAUUUGCCUGAUUCAUUUGUAAUGGAAAUUCCUUUUCAUUUACCCAUUUCAGUCUCGAUUUGUAUCAUCUGUCUCUAACUCAGAGUAUCUAAAUAAGCAUUUAGAAAUGUUGUUUGCUUCAUUUUUUUU